GGGUGCUUAGUGCUCUAUGAUUCCGUGAGGCUAGAUGAAGUUCACAAAUGGAACCCCGUGCUUUAAAGCAUCCGGGACACACAAGAGACACUCCAAAACCGUACACACCAUGCACGCCGAUCCACCAAAAAAGCGCGAUCGCACAAGAGAGAAUUUUUCGCGCGCGAUGUUUCGCAUGAUGAAGCGCUGCGACGCGAUCAGCAAGCGUUAUCCGAACGCUGAUAUAUACUUGCUCAUCCGUCAAAACCAGCGACACUAUCAAUACAAUUCGACGACACCCAACUCGAAUUUUCCCACGCCGCCGGCUGAGUUGGACAUGACAUAUCCUCCCACGGUAACGCGAACACCGGCAUCAUUUUCCGAGGGGAAAUCCUGCUCCGGGAGAUAAAAUACAAAGAAGAGAGAAGGAUGACAGAUAGGUGAUGGCAUGCAUUGUACUCGAACAGGAGGUGACACCGAAUAUGUGUAUGGGUUGGUGAUAUACUAGUUGUGCUAUGGGAUGGGUCGAUUGAAUUUAAAAUGAGGCCACCUCUCCUAGGAACCACCAUCAUCCCCAUUGACUUGCUCGGAUUGACUGGUAUCUUGAUAAAAGAGCCCGCGUGCGACAUCGAGUUUUUGCUCGGCUUUGCAUCCCGUAUCCUGGAUUCAUACUAAUUGGGUACAAAGAUC